UAUACGUCAGUUGUCCAUUAUUUGUGAAACGAUUUACUAGCGAAUUUUUAAUACUUUUAAGUUCUGAUCUGUUUUAAGUUAUUAUUAGAUUUACUUUACAUUUACCAUUACAUUGAUACGUUUAAUUGUUUAUUUUAUAAAUAAUUUUGUUAUUAUUCCUAAUGUCGUUCUUAUACGUAAAGUGCUACUAUGGCCCUUGCAACACAUUCCACAAUAAUGGUCACAAACCCCAAUGCCUUAAUGGUCUAAGAGAUGGUCUGCAGCACCUUGGUUUUCGGAUAGAUCUGUUGCCUGUGGAUUUUGAAAACUACUGUAUGCUGGAAAUGUGUGGACAUGAGAUAUUUCGAUGCAAUAUAAAACAAUUCCACUUCAACACGACUGGGCACCGAGACCUGGUGUGCACGCGGGCGAUCGACGCCGUCCUGCAGUCGGCAGUCAAGUUCAGGCGAGCACGCGCAUACCUCUGGUUCUGGACCCUCACGGAGCAUGAAAUGUUCAUCAGAAGAAAGAACUUCCCAGUUGAUCACUGGAUAACUAAAAUUAAAUAUGAAAAGAGUGUACCCUGCAAAACUUGCAAGCAGUGCUGUAAUAUAAAAGAGCAUCAACGACAGGCUAUUGAGGAUUGACGGAAAUUGAAGAUUCAUAGGAAUUUCUCUCACGAAACACUCGACAAACUUGUAGUUAAAGAUUAUAAUUUAUCUUCAACACAGUUUCAGGGGCAUGCUUGUGUAGAAUUCGAUCAAGCCGUUAAGCCGGUGUUGAAGUAUUUGUUCUCUGAUACAAUGAUCCAAGUAGAGAUCUUAUAUGUAAAGGGCAAACUUGGAGAGGAAUCUUGCGGUUUCUGUUGACGAAUGUGUGUUCUAAGGAUAUUAUUUCCUCCCUCUUCGGUAUCUUAAACAUGCAAAUCCUUUCACUAUUUGUGUCUUUUCAUCAUCUAUCUCAUUACGAUGGAUCACAUUUAAAAAGACUAACGUCAGUUAGGGCUUAUCACAGCCUCUCUUAUAUUGCUUUUAUUUCGUAUAAUUUAAUUCGUUAUUAUUGUGUUCAAUAUUUCUAUAAGUUAGUCUUUAGCGUAUUCUGUGUUGUUUUCUUCAUUUCUUGGUCAAAAAAGUUCAUUUACUACAUGCCACUGUUUGAGUAUUUCGGGGUACGCUUUCCACGACUCUUUUAAACGUGAUAUAAUUCUGGUUCUGCGGGCCUAUGACGCGGUUUCGCAGCCUAAUCGCACACUGCUUCAUGUGGAGCAGUGUCUCUCACAACUGCAAGACUACUAAUUGAAGGGGUGGUUGCAGGGCCCUGUGUUGUUCAGUCAGCAAUAAAACCGUUAGUGGAAUGUCUUUCUGUUGUAGAGUUGACACACAAUAAGUAUAGUUCGACUCUACAUACCGGGUGUCAAGCCAUACUGGACACAAUUACUACAUGUCCUGCAAUGUACGGUUACUUUGUUAAUUGCAAUGUACACCAAAAUUGCUGGCUGUACUAGAACCUUCCCGGGCAGUAAACAGCCCAAUGAAUGUUUGUAAGUAUAACUAAGACAUAGAUAACAAUAACUAUUUUCUAAGAUUUGUUUUUAAUUUUAUGAUAGCCGUUUAAUUUGAUGAUAGCCUUUUAAUUUUAUGAUAGUCGUUUGUUUUAAUAAAUAUCUAUACUUUAAAUGUUACUUUUUGUUGUUUUUUUCUAUAAAUUAACGUGAAUGAAUGUGACUGCUGACGAGUUUGGUUAACAAGUUCAUUACACCCCAGGCAACAAAUGGUUGGUAAUAAUUAAAAUUUAUGUAUUUAAAAACAUGUAUUUACAUAUUAUAGGAUUUUUUUUAGGUAAGUAUAAAGUAAGCAAUCAUAGGAAAUGUAAUACUGUGACUUAUGUUUACAAAAGUCUUCGCUUUAUUACAUUA